UGCCACAAGAAGAGUGACCUCUUGCUCUGUUUUCACCAUGGAGGACUCGGGAAAGACUUUCAGCUCUGAGGAGGAAGAAGCUAACUACUGGAAAGAUCUGGCUAUGACUUACAAGCAGAGGGCAGAGAACACGCAAGAGGAGCUCCGAGAAUUCCAGGAGGGAAGCCGUGAAUAUGAAGCUGAGUUGGAGACGCAGCUGCAACAGAUUGAAACCAGGAACAGGGACCUCCUGUCGGAAAAUAACCGCCUUCGCAUGGAGCUGGAAACCAUCAAGGAGAAGUUUGAAACGCAGCACUCAGAAGGCUACCGGCAGAUCUCAGCCUUGGAGGAUGACCUUGCCCAGACCAAAGCAAUUAAGGAUCAACUUCAGAAAUACAUCAGAGAGCUAGAGCAAGCCAAUGAUGACUUGGAAAGAGCAAAACGGGCCACAAUCAUGUCUCUGGAAGACUUUGAGCAGCGUUUGAAUCAAGCCAUUGAAAGAAAUGCCUUCCUGGAGAGCGAACUUGAUGAGAAGGAGAAUCUCCUAGAAUCUGUUCAGCGACUGAAGGAUGAAGCCAGAGAUUUGCGGCAGGAAUUGGCUGUGCAGCAGAAGCAGGAGAGGCCCAGGACCCCCAUGCCCAGCUCGGUGGAGGCCGAAAGGACAGACACAGCAGUGCAGGCCACCGGCUCUGUGCCGUCCACACCCAUAGCUCAUCGGGGACCCAGCGCUAGCUUAAACACACCGGGGACGUUCAGACGUGGUCUGGAUGACUCCACGGGUGGGACCCCCCUCACUCCUGCAGCGCGGAUAUCGGCUCUCAACAUUGUGGGAGACUUGCUUCGGAAAGUAGGGGCACUGGAGUCCAAGCUGGCGUCCUGCCGGAACUUCGUGUAUGAUCAGUCCCCAAACCGAAUGAGUGGCCCAGCCUCGGGGCGGGGGAGCAAGCACAGAGAUGGUGGUGAGAGACAGCCGAGCAGCGCUGGCGUGCCUCUGGGUGACAAAGGGUUGGGAAAACGCCUGGAAUUUGGGAAGCCGCCUUCAAAUAUUUCCACACCGUCGCUGCCGUCAGCCCAGGGUGUAGUCAAGAUGUUGCUUUAGGAAAUCCACGGAAGCUGAAGCCCCGGUGUGUCCGUGCAGGAGUCCUACCUUUCUUUCCCUCUUUAAACUAGGUUUUUGUGUUUUUAAGUUAGUUUGAGAAAUAGGAGCAGUCACAUUAGCCAAUGAGGCCAUCGCCCAUGGCCCCUGGUAGUUAUCCUGGGGAAAUGUCAUGAUCCCCAUCCUGCUUGCUGGUGUGGAUGGGGACAAACGGGACCCUCUGGAAAGGGCUCGGAGGUAUGGACGCCGAGGCUACCCCAUCAUUGUGAGCUGACCUGAGUCCUGAAUGGUUUUG